AGUGAUCACAUGAUGGCAGUGCAUCCUUAUAAGAGACUUGCUGCAGUGUUUGCGAUUCACAGCUGAGCAUCUGCUAGAUUCCAACAACAACCACCACCAUGAGUAACCUGUCAGAUGAAUUACUAAAGAACCUUCUGCUUAAACUGGAAUGCCAUUUCACAUGGACUUAUUUCAAAGACGAGACUGAUAUUGACAAUAUAGAAGACAGGCUUCAUGAUCAAAUCACAUUUUUACCUUCUAUACACAGACAUAGGCUCCAUAAUUUAUUGGCCUAUACAAAUUAUUUGAAAGGAGACAAUGAAGAAGCAAUUAGACAGCUUCAGAAAGCAGAAGAACACCUGCAAGGAACACAGUCUGCUGAUCUGGAUAUCAAAAGAGCUGUGACCUACAGUAAUUAUGCCUGGCUGUACUACCAUUUAAACCAGUUUAGCAAAGCUCAGUCUUAUUUAGAAAAAGUAGAAGCCAUUUACAAGAAAUAUGAAUCUUCUUUAGAAAAUGAUGCUCUUCUUACUGAAAUAUAUGGAGAACAGGCCUGGGCUCUGUUAACAUUCUAUGGGAAGUUCUGUGAAAGAGCUAAAGAGUGUUUUGAGAAAGCGCUAGAGUUAGAUCCAGACAAUCCUGAGCUCAAUUCAGGAUAUGCCACAGUCAUGUAUCGCUUAGAAAAUCAAGAUAACAGACUUUACGCAAAAAACAAUUGUGAAUGUUUAGAGUUGCUCAAACGUGCUGUGAAAUUGAAUGAAAAUGAUUCUGUGAUUAAGGCUCUUCUUGCUUUGAAAUAUCUAUAUAUGGAUCAAGCUGAGGAAGGAGAAAAGAUUAUGGAGGAGGCUCUUAGACAAACUCCAGACUCACCAUAUUUACUUCGAUAUGCUGCCAGAUUUUACAGAAGAGAAAGAAAGGUUGAUGCUGCUAUUACCGUUCUCAGAAAAGCCCUAAACCAAACUCCCAAUUCAUGUUCUCUUCAUCACCAGAUUGGGCUUUGUUACAAAGAUAAGAUGUUAAUGUUAUUUAAAUCUUCUAAGACUGCAAAGUCAUUGAAUCAGAAGAAGACCUUAGACAGGGAUAUACAUGAUAACAUUGUAUCUGCUAUCUUUCAUUUCGAAAAAACUCUUGAAUUAAAAGAAAUAUUUGCUGAUGCAUAUAUUAAUUUAGCCUUUAUGUACUCAAAAGACUCUCGGUUUGAAAAAGCUGAAGCUAUUUAUCAAAAAGCACUAAAUCUGAGAGAUAUAACAUGUGAAGAUAAACAAGAGGUUCAUUUUAGUUAUGCCAAAUUUAAGCAAUAUCAAAUUAGAUCUGAAUCUGAAGCCAUAAGGCAUUACAAGGAAGUAUUAUUGAUACCAAAUGACACAAAGACACGAUCUUUUUCCAAAACUAAUUUGGAAGAGUUGGCUAAAGUGAAAAUAAGCAACGAACCAUCAAGUGCAACUGGAUUUGGAUUGUUAGGGUUCAUUCAUCAGCAAGAGGGAGAAAUUGACCAAGCAAUUGAUUACUAUAAGAAAGCACUGGAACUGGAUCCAGAUAAUGAGGAUUAUUUGAGGGCAUUGCAUGACAUGAGAAUCAGUGAGUAACAACUGACAUAUCUGGAAACCCCUUAUAUACUUUUCCCAGAUGAUAUGCAAUAGUUAAAUGUACUAUAAAGAGUUUUGUUUAGAAAGGAAUUAAAUUUUUGAGUUGCUUAUAGGUGUCUUUUUUUUCUCCAAUGGAAAAAUGCUUUGCUGAGCUUGUACACGUCUUUGGGACAGCCUUCUGCAUGGAACUAAUCAAGGAAAAACCUAAAAACUAUACAAGAAACUGUAUUCAAGAACGUGGCUAGCCAUGCUAUAACAUAAACACAAGAGCACCAGGAUACAGACUCUUAAUUUAAUGCUGAAAAUAAUUACCUGUCACCCUAAAAAAUAACUCCAUAUUCUUUCCUAUUGUGCUAGUCAUGCAAAAUAAACUUUACAUACAAUUUAUAAAUUAUAUAAUCUUUUCCCCUCAGUUUUGGAAUAAACAAUCACAGGACACAGGCAGGGGCCUUUUUCUGAACAUAGUUACUAAGGCAAGCUUUGCAUUAUCCCAGAAGCUUGUUUAUCUUCCUCGAUGACCGUACCCACACACAGUAUAUACAUUUAUAGAUCUUGAGGAGGGAGGGGAAGGAGAGGAGUGUAGUAACAUCUAGGAAGUGCAAAUUAGAAAGUGAAAGUAAUGGCCUACCCCGCCUCUAUGCCCCAGCAGGCAGUAUAUGAUUGACAUUAGUGAUGGGCGCAUUUCUCCCGCUUCGCCGAAAAUUCACGAAUUUAACUCAAAAAUCGUGAAAUUUGAAGG